AUGAUCACCACCGAUGAAGAGGAAACAUAUCGAGCCCGUCCAGAUGGCCCUGAUGAGGAUGAGGUCUCCCGACAAGCUCGACAGGGACUACCGCUGGCGCUACCUUGGGGACGCGAGAUCAUCCGCCUUGGCACCACAUUCUUUUCUGAUCGACAGACUACGAUGAACCCCUGGUCUGACGAAACGCCUUUUGUGCUCUCUGAAUUGCACAUGAUCAAAAAAGAAUUGCACGCAGAGUACGGAACGAACUCGACUUUCAAGAAGGUUUCGACGCGAAAGACCUGCGAGACGGGCAAUCAUCUCAGCCUCGGGUUUGGUGUCGGUGUCGGGUUGCCGUACUUGGCUUCUGUGAAUGUUAAGGGGACCUAUGACGAGCACCUACAGGAGAACAAAGAUUCAGACAAAAUAUCCCUUACUUCGAGUUGUCGAGCUGGUACAAUUGAGUUCCAAAGCCAGCCUCGGCUGACGCUGGAGGCUAUAAAGGAGAUCAAGUACGGAGGUGGCUUUGAAGGACUGUGCCAAAGGUAUGGAGACUACUACCUAGCUGGCUACAGGCUCGGAGGGGAUACCGGUAUCCUGAUGAGUGCGUCGGGGCAAUCAAGGACUGAGAUUGAAAAAUAUGGCAUCACAGCGACUGUAACUGUACUUCUCAUAUCAGCUAGCGAGCACUGGGAAAAGGAGUUUCAGUCCUUCCGCUCUGGCCGGCAGGUGAGACUGCUUGGCUAUGAUACAUUGGACAACAAGCACUGGCAAAACUUCAGUGCAGCGGGCGAUGAUAUAAAGGAGGUAGACGCCUGGGCCUGUGGGGGUUCUGCAGUUGAUUCCAACUCACUCCUAGCCGACACUAAUGCAAUCAUGACACGAUCAGAAAAUAUCCUUGAACGAGUGAGCGAGGUGCUCGAAAGGCACGGAUAUCGGAACGGCGAGAGUCUUACAUAUGUACAGUGUGAGGAGCUCGUUCAGGAGGGGAUCGUCGUUGAGCUGUUGCUGCAACCAAUGUCCAGAUUGCGGGAUGUGAUUCUGUGGAGGAAUGAGAGAAACAUCAUUUGA